UCUGCCUAACUAACCAACGAACAAAGAGCCCGCUUCCACACAUUAGAACCCCUAUUCCCACGCUUCUUCUUCCAAGCAAAGUCUUGGCACACAAGGUGUUUAGAGAGAUAGAGAUAGAGAUAUAGAUAGAGAAAGAGUCUUUUCCUUCAAUAACACCGGACCGGUACCAACAAUUGCAACAAACAUCAUCCUUUUUGUUUGUGCAUUUUCUUUCCUCUACGGUACGAAUCCACCCCCUUCUUUUUUUUCACUCUUUCAUUCAAAAAAACCAAACCACCAUUGAACUAACCUCUUUUGGUGGGUUUGUCAUAUUCGAUUUGAUUUCAUCUGGGUUUGCUUUUAUUGGGUCCCUCUCACAUUUUGGGUCGAUGGGCAAUGUAGUUUUAUUGGUUAUUUCAUCUUCUUUGUGAUGUGUUUCUUUCAUUGGCAGUGUAUUGUUGUGUGCAAUUAAUUGUUACAGGCGUGCGUGAAUUUUGAGUUCCAUAGUUCUUUUUGGCUCAGCUCAUUCAGGAAGUUGGUUUUUCCAAAUUCCAAUAUAGAAAUGGUAAUUCAUACAGAACAACAUUGUUAAAACUUUGUUUUGGAUUUGCAUUGCAAUGGCUGAGAGAAGUGUCUCAUCCCUUGGGAUUGUUUCUAGGAACUUUCUGUUUUGUUUGUUCGUUACGACAUCAGUCUUGUUCAUAUUAUCUUGGUUCUUUGUGUUGCGUUCAACCAGUCGUCCUAGCUUCGUCGAUCAUAGUUUGUUACCCAAUUCUAAGGUUUUAGCUACGGGUGGUGACAAUGGGGAUUCUGCAACCCGUAGUGAAAACGAGGUGGAACCCUCGAUUGGAAAUAGAUCAAUCCUUGUGGACAAUGAUGAAGAAGAAGAGUCACCCCGAGAGAAUGCAAAAUCUGAUGUGAAAUGCAAUACCAAAGAUAGUUUAGCUCUAGAUCAGCAGAAAGAAAAUAAACUAGUUCUUAAGGUUUUUAUGUAUGAUCUAUCCCCUGAAUUUCAUUUUGGACUCUUAGAUUGGAAGGCACGAGGUAAUAGUGUUUGGCCUGAUAUUCGAACUAAGAUACCUGAUUAUCCUGGUGGGUUGAACUUGCAACACAGUAUAGAGUACUGGCUUACAUUGGAUCUCCUUGCUUCUGAACUUCCGAACCCUCCAAAUGCCCGUAGUGCAAUAAGAGUCCGCAACAUUAGUGAAGCUGACAUUAUAUUUGUACCAUUCUUUUCUUCCUUAUGCUAUAACCGGUAUUCCAGAACCGACCCACACCAAAAGAAGACCAAAAAUAAGUUGCUUCAAGAGAAGUUGGUGAAGUUUUUAACAGCACAGAAGGAAUGGAAGAGGUCAGGAGGACGUGACCACUUAAUUGUGGCCCAUCAUCCGAAUAGCCUUUUAGACGCAAGGACAAAGCUUUGGCCUGCAACAUUUAUACUUUCAGACUUUGGAAGGUAUCCUCCAAACAUAGCAAAUGUUGAGAAAGACGUGAUUGCUCCUUACAAACAUGUAAUCGGAUCAUAUGUUGAUGACUCGUCUGAUUUUGAUAGCCGUCCAACUUUGCUGUACUUCCAAGGAGCAAUAUAUAGAAAAGAUGGAGGCUUUGUUCGGCAAGAGUUAUAUUAUCUUUUGAAAGAUGAGAAAGAUGUGCAUUUUGCAUUUGGAAGUGUUCAAAAAGAUGGAAUUAAGAAAGCUACCCAGGGAAUGCACUCUUCAAAAUUCUGUCUCAAUAUAGCAGGUGAUACCCCCUCAUCAAACCGCCUCUUCGAUGCCAUUGCUAGCCAUUGUGUACCUGUCAUCAUCAGUGAUGAGAUAGAGCUCCCAUAUGAGGAUGUCCUUGACUAUUCUCAGUUCUGCAUAUUUGUUCGGGCAGGGGAUGCUCUCAAAGAAAAAUUCCUCAUGAAUCUCAUCCAGAGUAUUAAGAAGGAUGAGUGGACCAGAAUGUGGCAGAAGUUGAAAGAGGUUGAAAAUUUCUAUGAGUUUCAGUACCCAUCGAAGGAGGGUGAUGCAGUGCAAAUGAUAUGGCAGGCCGUUGCCCGUAAGGUUCCUGCUAUUAGAUUGAAGCUACACAAGUCUAGUCGAUUCUCUCGUUCUCUUGUCCACUCUGAGAGGGGGUUAAACUCGAUACCAUCACCAAAUAAUUUUUGGUGAAAGAGGAAGUUUUCAUUCGUUGGGGCUCUUUAAUUUUUAGAGCUUUUGAUAUAACAAAAUAUUGAGUUUUACACUCUUCAGAAAGGUGAGAACUACAAUGUAUCCUCACUGCAAAUUUUGAGACUGACAUUGUAACUUUCCUU